AUGGGGCCGACCCAAAUCUCCACCAACGCUGAUCUAGGAGGAUUUGAAGGGAACAACAGAGUGUCAGUGACUGUGGGUGACAGCUCAGUACUCACCUGCCUUAUCAAAGGACAAGUAAGUAUGCUAACAUGGACAAUAACCCCCAAGGUUGGAGACCCUUGCACCUUGGUAUACAGGAUCGAUACAAACAUGACAGACAGAACAAACUGCAGUGACAACAUAAGCUGGACAUUCAGAGCAGGUCUGGCUCCUGCCCUUGAGAUACAGCAAGUGAAAAUAGCCCAGGAGGGAAAUUACCUCUGCCAAGUGGCAUCAACAGAUGGGAAUUUCUGCAGGAUGUACCACCUGACCAUGCUGGCCCCUCCAAGGCUGAGCCUGUACUGUGAUGAGCAGGACAGCCCCAUGUGUGAGGCAGUGGCAGGAAAGCUGCCGGCUCAGCUCUCAUGGGUCCCUGGGAGCAGCUCCACUGCAGAGGAGAAGCGCCAGAACAACAGGAUAGUGACUGUUCUCAGCAAGUUCACAGGUUGUAGCACCAAUGUAACCAGUGUGACCACCUGCAUGGUGUCCCAUACAGCUGGGAACUGGAGCCAGUCCAUAGCCUGCUGUCCCUCAGCCAUGGCCCUGUGGAUUGACCUGUUUGGGAACAAGGAGCUGUCAGAGCUGGAGGCUUGCUGCUGCUCAGGGCCUCAGUGGAAUUCCUUCUUCUUCCGGGUGACCAGCACUCUCAGUAGUGAUUACAUGGGCUUCAGCAGUGACUGUGGAGCCAAGACAGUGACUGGACCCGCUCUGUGCAGCAGGAGAGCGGGCAAUGUUGUGUGCCUUGACCUAAAGACUUCUGGCAUGAUCUGCUACAACUUUCCUAUGGACAAGCUGGAAAAAUAUGGCUGCGAUAAGUGCACAGUGACAUUGAUGUACAACUAA